UGAGCCUCAGCCCUCAGCAAAGGCCAUAUGAUGUAUUCUUGAGCUUUCAAGGGAAAGAAACUCGCUCAAAGUUAAUCUCACAUCUUUAUGCAUCUCUUCAAAAUGCUGGUAUCUAUGUUUUCAAGGAUGAAAACGGGCUAGCAAGAGGGGAAAAACUCUCAAUCUCGCUUCUGAAAGCAAUUGGAGAGUGUAAAACUUCUAUCAUUAUUCUGUCACCAAAUUAUGCAUUUUCAAGAUGGUGUUUGCAAGAGUUGGAAGACAUCAUGAUAUGUUGUAAAAACAAAACUCAAAAGGUGCUGCCAGUAUUCUACCAUAUAGAUCCCUCGGAAGUGCUAAAUCAGACUGGUAAUUUUGGACAAGCUUUUGAUAAUCUUAUGAGAAGAUACCCGGAUAAAAUAAAAGGUAAGGAGCAGAGUUGGAGGAAAGCACUCCGUGAAGUUGGGUGCAUUGCAGGGUUUGUCAUCCGAAAAUCCAAGAAUGAAAGUGAGGAUAUUAAGAACAUUGUUGAACAAGUUACUCAUAUGCUGGAAAUGAAGGAAUUGUUCAUUGCUAAUCAUCCCGUAGGAAUUGAAUCUCGUGUUGAAGAGGUGAUUCAACUAUUAAAAGACCAGCAACAAGAAAAUCCUCUACUACUUGGUAUAUGGGGCAUGGGAGGGAGUGGUAAAACAACCAUUGCCAAAGAGGUUUAUAAUAAAAUUUUCCGUGAGUUUGAAGGUCGGUGUUUCCUCCUAAAUGUAAGAGAAGUUUGGGAUCAAGAUAAUGGAAUUCUUCAUUUACAACAACAACUUCUUUCUGCUAUCUACAAGACAACGAAAAUAAAGAUUGAAAACACUGAAUCUGGAAAAUCAAUAUUAGAGAGAAGACUUGGCCAGAAAAGGAUACUUCUUGUACUUGAUGAUGUGGACAAAUUGGAGCAGCUAAAUUCUUUAGCUGCAAGCCGUAAAUGGUUCUGUCCCGGUAGCAUAAUAAUCAUCACAACAAGAGACGAGCAUCUUCUACGUUGUCUUAGAAUUGACAAGUUAUAUGGUAUGAAAGAGUUAAAUGACAAAGAAUCCAUUGAACUUUUUAGCUGGCAUGCAUUCAAAGAACCAUGUCCAAAAGAAGAGUUUGCUUCACUUGCUAAUGAAGUUGUUUCAUAUUGUGAGAGAUUGCCACUGGCUCUUGAGGUAAUUGGGUCACAUCUGUUUAAUAGGAAAGUAUAUGAAUGGAGGAGUGUUUUGAAUAAACUCAAAACUAUUCCAAACAAUGAUGUACAUAAGAAGCUUAAAAUAAGUUUUGAUGGUCUAAGUGAUGAUAGGGAUAGAGAAAUAUUUCUUGAUGUAGCAUUUUUCUUUAUUGGGAUGCACAAAAAUGAUGUAAUUGAUAUAUUAAAUGGCUGCGGGCAUUCAGCUGAAAUUGGAAUAAAUGUUCUUAUGGAACGAUGCCUUAUUACUGUGGACACUAAGGGAAAACUUGGCAUGCAUGGUUUGCUGCGAGACAUGGGAAGAGAAAUUAUUCUUGAAAGUUUGCCAAUGAAACCUGAGGAACGUAAUAGGUUGUGGAAUCCAGAGGAAGUGCUUAAUGUAUUAUCAAAAGACAUGGGAACAAAAGCUAUUGAGGGGCUUGCCUUGAACCUGCCAAAGUCACUGAAUCCAACUCAAUUAAAGACGGAAGCAUUUAAGGAGAUAAAGAGACUCAGGUUGCUUCAGUUUGCGAAUGUGCAACUUGUUGGAGACUUUAAAUACCUUUCAACAGAUCUUCGAUGGUUGUGUUGGCAUGAAUGUCCUUCAGAAUAUACAACUGCAAACUUUGAUCAAGGAAAUCUAGUUGCUGUUGACUUCAAAUAUAGCAAACUUGAACUAGUAUGGAAGAAGGGACAGAUGAUGAAGAAUCUAAAAAUUCUCAAUCUUAGUCAUUCUCAACACUUGGCACAAACUCCUGACUUUUCAAAUAUGCCCAAUCUUGAAAAGUUAAUACUCAAAUAUUGCCCAAAGUUGACUUGGGUUUCUCAUACCAUUGAACAUCUCGAGCAAGUUCUUCUAAUCAAUUUGAAAGGGUGUUCAGGGCUUCGUGUACUUCCAAGAAGCAUCUACAAGUUGAAAUCUCUCAAAACUCUCAUUCUUUCAGGAUGUUCAUCGAUUGAUAAGUUAGAAGAAGACAUAGAACAAAUGGAAUCAUUGACAACUUUGAUGGCAGAUAAAACUGCCAUAACACAAGUGCCUCAUGCACUACUAAGAUUAAAGAGUAUUGUGUAUAUUUCUUUGUGCGACUUUAAAGGAUUAUCGCGCAAUGUGUUUCCUUCAAUCAUUUGGUCAUGGACCUCUCCAACAAAUAACUUCUCACCCCAAGUGCAAACAUUUUUGGACUUGUUAAAUCUUGUUUCCUUAAUAGUACCAAAUAGCAACUCUCAAGGCCUAUCAUCCAUCAUCAGAGAGCUUCCAAAGGUCCAGAAUGUUAGGCUGGAAUGUGGCUCACAACUUCAAAUUAUAGGAGAUGUAGUUUCUAAUACUUUUGAUGUCACAAACUGCAAUGAAAUGAAAGAAACAUCAAGUGCAUCAAAUAUCUCAAAAGGGAGUAGCUCAUCAUUAAUUGGUUACUGCAGUGAAGGUGACAUUAUUGAAUCAGAAAAUUCCUUGAAUUCAAUUUUAAUUCAAAUGGGAAUGAGUUGUUCAGUCACAGAGUUACUUAGGGAAAAUAUUUUGCAGAAGUUUAAUGCAAGAGUACCUGGAGAUUGCUUGCUUCCUGGCAACAAGAAUCCUGAUUGGUUAACAUUCAGUUGUGAAGGUUCUUUUGUAGUUUUUGACAUCCCUCAGGUGAAUGGGCAUAAGUUACAGUCAGUGAUGUUGUGUAUCAUCUACUCUUCUUCCUCAAACAUUGUACCUUUAGAAGGCCCUAUCAUUAAAAAUUUGUGUAUCAUAAAUCAUACAAAGACCACUCCUUUUCUCUACGAUGGAGAUACACUGGCUUCACUUAGAGAUGAUGAAUGGCAGAAAGUAAUAGCGAACCUUGAAGCUGGUGACAAAGUGCAGAUUGUUGUUGCUUCCGGAUUAGGAUUCACUGUGAAGAAGACAGCAGUUUAUCUCAUAUAUGCAGAGCAACAAGCUGAAGGUAUUGUUUGUGGUGAUGAUAUGGUAGCAGAUGGAAAUAUCAUUGUUCAUGAUGGAGAAGAAAAUGAUUUACUUCAAGGAGUAAACAAGAAUUUCUCAAAAGUAAGUGCUCAUUGUCUAAAUAUCUACAAAUGUUAUUUUAAAAACACAAUUUAGUUCUGUCCAUAUUUUUUAAAAACAAAAUUUCUCAAAGGUAUUUUUUGUGCUUGUUUUUUGUUCAUUUGCUAAUUGUCUAAUGUUCAUAUCUUAUUUUCCGAAAAAUUUGAAGUCACAUACGAAACAAAAAUUCAAAGAGUAUGAUGAUACCAAUCAUUAAUAGGGUGAACAUGUUUUUAGAUGAUCAAGGACUAUUGCAUAGCAUUUUAUUAUUCUAUAUAUAAUGUAUAUAGUUCAAAACCGUCGCCUUGCAAAUUUGUAUUUGUUUUCUCGGUUUAAAUAAAGCUCUAUCUAGACCCUGUAAAUCUAAUUAUAUGGAUGAGUCAUUUUAGUUGACAAAAUUGUCAACCAUGAACCAAGUUAGUUUAACCGAGUUAGCCCCAAUCCAACUUUUCCCUAGACCCCCUGCAUAAAACUGCAACAAAAUUUUGAAAAUGUACUUUACAAGAGUCAAAUAUGUUAUUGCAUUCUAGUAUGAGGAGAUAAAAGAUCUUCCACAGCCAAGUUAAAACCAUGCCAUGGCAGGUUAAGAAUCACUAGAUGUGUUAGACAAAGUAUUAAAAGGAGACUUCUGAUUCUACCAAGAAAAUUAUGAAAGCUGACCUCAAACUUGCUUCAACACCCAAAUACAACGCAUUUGAAGAGACUGCAAAUACAACACAAUCUCUUUCAGAGGAUAAAACUCAUCUGCGUUUAUCUGUGGGGACAAUGACAAAAGAAUUAAGGAUCACCUGUUAACUACCUCUUUCAAAUCUUAGAUUGAAUACAAAUCAAAAUGCUGUUUCCAUUUUGACAUAUGUUUCUUCAGUAGAUUAUAUGCCUUUAAACCUUGAGGUUCAGAGAUUUCCAAUGGAGUAUUAAGACUCAACUCAACAGGGCAAUGAUCAUCAAAUACCUCUUGUCCGAGAGGUUUUGUCUGCUCCCUGGACUUGGACAUGGAAUAUAAAUGUAUCAUAAAUUUCAUCACUAUAGACAGAGUUACCUGUAACAAAAUCUUUGGUGGAGCAAUUGAAUGAAAUUGGCUGAUAUGAAAAAAAAUGAUUUUUCCUUUCAAGGAAACCAUCCCAAGCUUCCUCUUGAUCAUCAGAAAGAGAUACUCCAUGAUCAUUGAGGUCUG